AUGCAAAGAGUUCUCACUGAAAAGCAGCGUGAGGUUGCAUCCCUAGAAGCACGUAUUUAUCGCAUGAGCGAGUUGCUAAAAGAGAUCCGUGAGGCAACCAUUGAAAACGUGCAACGACGCCAGGCCCGAGUCGGCUUCGAACGGGACGAGGAAGAGGCAGAUGCGGAUAAGGGCGUCGGUGGAGAAGGUGAAGGAGGCCCUGGUGCGGAUGACGACGAUGAUGAUAUUCCCUAUAAUCCCAAAAACCUACCUCUUGGUUGGGACGGAAAGGUUGGUUUUUAUUUGCAUCUGUAUCAACAAAUCUGA